AUUGAAACCAACCCUAAGCUCCUUUUAUCUUCAUUCUAAAGGUAGCUCUGAUUAUUGCUAACUUAAGCAUCAGAGUGUCUACCCCGAGUUUCACCUCGGGGCUUUGCAGUCAUUCCGAAGUGCAAGCGCGGACUGAAGAAGGACUUCUGGUUUAGUGCAAUUACAUUUGGCGCCGUCUAUGGGAAUCCAGACUGAAAGCUCUCUUGUUGCUCUCUCAUAAUGGUUAACACUCGAUCAGUCCGAGCUGAAAAUCCAUCUCAGCCUUUUGGACAAGGUCAACUCCCCAACAACCUCCCACCUCAACUUCCACCUCAGAUCCCAAAUAUGUUGCCUCCUAUUGAUCAUGCAAAAGGAGGAGAUGAAAACCAACCUCACAACUCAGCUCACAACUUAGCUUCCACCGCCAACCAAGAUGUAGUUACAGCUCAGCUUGCUGCCAUGCAACAACAGUUCGGUGUCUUUCAGUUAGUCCUGGCUCAGCUCUUAGCUCGGAGCAACCCUGGUGAUCCCUUCAUCAAUUUACUCAACCCUGCUCCACAACCCCUAGCUCCACAGCAAAACCCUGAACCAAUUCAGCAUGCUCCUGCUCUUAGUGAAUCUCAGGGUCAAUCUCACAUAGCACCAGCUCAGCAACCCCUUCCUGAUGAUGUCAUUCGAUGUCUGGACAACCUAGAAAAAUUGGUAGCUAAACAGCGAGGAGCCUCACCUCCACACCAUACUGCUGACUCCAUACCCCAUCCUUUGAACACCAACAUCACAUUGGAACCUUAUCCCGCUGACUUUAAAAUACCUCAGCUUGAGACUUAUGAUGGGACGAAGGAUCCCAAUGAUCACCUACAUGCUUUCUACUCUUGUAUGCAAGCUCAGAAUGCCUCUGACGCGUUGAUGUGCCAAAUCUUUCCCUUUACUCUUCGAGGUAAUGCUCGAACCUGGUAUUACAACCUACCUCCGAGGUUAAUCAGCUCUUAUACAGAAAUGACAUCUGCUUUUGCCACAAAGUUUUCUAGUAGAAGGUUGAUCAGGAAAACUACUUCUGAGCUGAUGCGAGUCAAACAAAGGGAUGGAGAAUCUUUGAAGAAUUACAUGAGCAGAUUCAAUGAUGCAGUGUUGGAAGUUAGCUCCUUUGACCAGGCCAUGGGAAUUUCAGCUGUGAUCUCAGGUCUAAACCAUGAGAGAUUCAGAGGUAGUUUGAUCAAGCAUCCUGCCACCACCUUUAACGAGAUUAAGAAUAAGAUGGACUUAAGGCAUCUUGGCCCAAUCAAAACUGUUGUUGCUAGCCGAGAUCAUACUAGAUAUUGUGAUUUUCAUCAAGAUCACGAUCAUACAACAGAGCAAUACAACAGCCUAAGGUCCGAGCUGGAAAAUCUAGCCCAGAAAGGAAUGUUGAAUGAGUACAUCCAGAGAGCUGAACAGCCAAGAUUUGUUAGAGAACAGGGGCCACAGCCCCAAGGAAUCUGGGUGGUAACACCUCACAACAACCCUUUGGUCACCUCAGUAAUGAUCAACAACUGUCAAGUCCAGCGUGUACUUGUUGACACUAGCAAUGCACCCGACAUCAUGUACUACCAUUGUUUUGAGAGCUUAGGGCUCGACCCAGCUCUGCUACAAUGUUACGAUGGUCCCAUAUAUGGCUUCAAGAACCAACCAGUUCCAGUCGAAGGGGUCCUAACCAUGAAUGUUGCAUUUGAAAGUGGCCGAACCUACGUGACUCCUUCAGUUCGGUUUCUGGUAGUCAAGAUGCCUUCUUUUUUCAAUGUUGUCAUUGGCCGGCCCACAUUAACAAAGAUCCAAGCUGUGGUCUCUCAAUCUCAUCUCUGCAUGAAAUUUCCAACCCUCAUGGGAAUAGCAACACUCAAAGGUAACCAGGAAGUGGCCAGACAUUGCUAUCUCACUUCGGUCACAAGGCCACAAAAAAACAAAGAUCAACCAGCAGAGAACCCUCCACAGGAAAUCCAUGACAAUCGGCAAGUGAUGGGGGUUGAAAUCCUUGAUAACCGACUUGAGGAUGAAACUCGAGCUGCUCCAGGUGAAGAUGUAGAUGAGGUACAGAUUGAUGAAAAAUAUCCGAACAGAAAAACACAGAUAGGAACUCGGUUGAACCCUGAGGAAAGAGCAGAGUUGAUAACCUUUCUCCGAGCUAACAAAGAUGUUUUCGCACGGACCUCAGCAGACAUGCCAGGGAUUCCCACCUCGGUAUCUCAACACAAACUCAGCAUUAAUCCACUUAAGAAACUAGUAGCCCAGAAGCGGCGCCUCUUUAGGGGGGAAAGGUUAAAGGUCAUAAAGGAAGAAGUUGAAAAACUUUUACAAGCUGGCUUCAUCAAAUGGGUCGAUUAUUGUGAAUGGGUUGCCAAUAGACCUGGCAAACGGGCGGGUUGGGUUGGGUUAGGGUCGGGUCUAGUUGCCAAUCUUGUGUUGGUGAAAAAAGUAAAUGGCAAAUGGCGGAUGUGCAUCGAUUAUACUAAUCUCAACCAGGCAUGUCCAAAAGACUGUUACCCAAUGCCAAACAUUGACAAGCUAGUUGAGGCAGCUUCUGGAAACAAGAGAUUAAGUCUCUUGGAUGCAUACUCUAGCUACCACCAAGUCCCGAUGCCUCCUAAAGACGAAGAAAAAACCUCGUUCUAUGCCGGAGAUGAAAUCUACUGCUACGUGAUGAUGCCCUUCGGCUUAAAGAACGCAACUGAAGACCAUUUAACUGACCUCGAGGAGACAUUCAACAAUCUCAGAAAGAACAAAAUGAAGUUGAACCCAGCAAAAUGCAUCUUCGGUGUGGAGUUUGAAAAAUUUCUAGGCUUCAUGGUGUCCAGAAGGGGGAUUGAGGUUAACCCCGAGAAGAUCAAAGCAGUGACUGAAAUGGAACCACCGAAGUCAAUAAAAGACGUACAGAGGCUAACAAGGAGAGUAGCAGCUUUUCAUAGAUUCAUCUCGAAAUCAGCAGAAAAAUGCCUACCGUUCUUCAAGAUCAUGAGAUUGGCAGCCCAGAAGGAUGAAUCUGGCAAACAAAAGAAAUUUGAAUGGAAUUCAGAAUGCCAAGCUGCAUUUGACGAGCUGAAGUCUUAUCUUAGCUCACCCCCUUUGCUGACAAAGGAUAAUGAUGGAAAAACCCUUUACUUGUACCUCGGUAUAUCAGAUGAAGCUAUUAGUUCCAUGCUAGUAAGAGAAGAAGGGGAGCAACAAAAGCCAGUCUAUUAUACUAGUAGUGUAUUACAUGGAGCUGAAAUCAGAUAUUCUAUUACCGAGAAAGCAGCCUUAGCAGUUGUCACCUCGGCUAGAAAGCUGAGACCAUACUUCCAAUCACAUCCAAUCAUAGCUCUUGCAGAUUUCAUAGUAAAAUGCAACUCGGCUCACUCUGAUUCCCAGCCCGAGCUCGACAACUGGAUUCUGUGUGUUGAUGGAGCAUCUAGUAACAAAGGUUCUGGCGCUUGUGCAAUCCUACUCGGCCCAAAUGAGUAUCGAAGUGAACAUGCUCUGAAAUUUAAUUUUGAUGCCACCAAUAAUAUGGCUGAGUAUGAGGCUCUGCUACUUGGCUUACAAUUAGUAAUAGAGCUGAAGGUUACAGCAAUACAAAUAUACAGUGAUUCACAAUUACUAGUCAAUCAGGUCAACUCAGUCUGUGAAGUGGUUGAUCUUGUUAUGAUGAACUUCCUAAAGCCGAAAAUGAUGGAAAUCAGCACAGAUCCUAGCACACCGAGCUGGAAAAAUCCAAUUAUCUCAUUUUUACGAGAUGGAACGGUGGCUACAGAUAAACAAGAAGAAAUGAGGUUGAGGAAGAAAGCAUCUUGGUAUACCCUUGUUAAUGAAGUCCUCUACAAGAGGUCUUUCUCACUCAUUCUACUUCACUGCUUGAACCCUUAUGAGGCUGAAUACGCACUUCGGGAGGUGCAUAAAGGUGUCUGCGAAAGUCACAUUGGUGCUCGAACUUUGGCUCAUAAACCAGCAGAAGAGCUCACUAAUCUGAUAACACCUUGGCCAUUUGCUCAAUGGGGACUUGAUCUUUUAGGUCCAUUUAUGAAGGGGGUAGGAGGUGUAACCCAUUUGAUUGUUGGUGUGGAUUGUUUUAUGAAAUGGGUUGAAGCUCGGCCAUUAUCCAGUCUUACCUCCAAGAAGGUCGAAGACUUUGUUUUAAGCUCAAUCAUCUGCAGAUAUGGAAUCCCGAAUCAGAUUGUGGCUGAGAAUGGAAGUCAGUUCAACUACUCCUCAUUUAGAGAUUUUUGCUCCAGUUAUGGGAUCAAAUUACAGUUCACAUUGGUGUACCACCCGGAGUCUAAUGGGAUGGUAGAAUAUGUCAAUAAAGUUAUACUCGAGGGGAUAAAGCCAAGGUUAGAGCUGCAUAAGGCCAGGUGGGCAGAUGAGCUCAACAACAUCCUCUGGGCAUACAGAACGACGAGCCGAACUGCCACAGGUGAAACACCCUAUCACCUGCCCUUUGGUACUGAAGCAGUCAUUCCUAUCGAGAUAGGAGUCCCAAGCUUCAGGGUCACCCGUUUCGAUGAAGGACGAAAUGGACAACUACUUCGUGAGAACCUUGAUCUGCUUGACGAAGUCAGAGAAGAAGCACGACUUCGAACUUUAGUUUACAAGCAGAAAAUAGCCAACUUCUACAACAAACGAGUUCGACCUUGAACAUUCAAAGUAGGAGACCUUGUUCUCAAGAAAGCUGGUCUAACGGG